AUGAGAUCAUCAGGUGGCAUUGAAGAGGCCACCCAGAGGAGGGGAUGCUCUUGCACAGCAGGCGCUUUUUUCCCGGAGGAGUCUUUCGAGAGUUUGGAAAAUUAUGGCAGGGCGUUGAAGGAGACACCGAGUCGUCUCAUGAACCGGGCUCUGACUCGGGCUCUGGAGUCGGACGAGUUGGAGUCCAAGGCACGAAGCAACAAUGACAUGAAGCGUACACUGACGUGGUGGGAUCUGAUUUGGUUCGGUAUGGGAUCAGUUAUAGGGUCUGGAAUCUUCGUCCUGACCGGCCUUGAAGCGAAGCGGGAUGCAGGGCCAGCAGUGGUACUAUCCUACGCAGUCUCAGGGUUUUCUGCUCUGUUAUCUGUAUUCUGCUAUACUGAGUUUGCCGUUGAGAUUCCUGUAGCAGGUGGUUCAUUUGCUUACUUGAGGGUCGAAUUGGGGGAUUUCGUUGCUUUCAUUGCUGCCGGCAACAUCCUGUUCGAGUAUAUAAUCGGCGGAGCUGCGGUGGCUAGGUCUUGGACGUCCUACUUCGCCACCCUCUGCAAUCACAGCGGAAAAGAGUUCCGAAUCCAUGCCCCACACCUGAGUGAAGGGUACAACUACCUUGAUCCGAUUUCAAUCGGGGUUAUCAUAAUCCUGACCAUCAUAGCCGUGAAGAGCACCAAGGCGACUUCCCGUCUCAAUUACGUGGCCUCUCUCGUCCACUUAAUCGUGAUCUUGUUCAUCAUCAUAGCUGGAUUUGCGAAAGGUAACAUCAAAAACUACGCACCGUUUGCCCCCAAUGGUCCCCGUGGAAUCUUCAAGGCCUCUUCGGUCCUGUUCUUCGCGUACGUUGGAUUCGAUGCAGUCGCGACCUUAGCUGAGGAGACGAAAAACCCAGGUAAGGACAUCCCCAUAGGACUUGUGGGGUCGAUGGUGAUCACGACUACUAUCUAUUGCUUGAUGGCAGUCGCCCUCUGCUUAAUGCAGCCAUACCAGCUGAUAGACGAAGAUGCGCCUUUCUCUGUGGCAUUCUCUGCCGUUGGAUGGGACUGGGCCAAGUACCUGGUGUCUCUUGGGGCUUUGAAGGGGAUGACAUCGGUACUUCUAGUUGGGGCAGUUGGUCAAGCCCGUUACCUAACCCACAUUGCCAGAACCCACAUGUUGCCUCCUUGGUUUGCACAAGUUGAUGCAAAAACAGGGACACCUGUUAACGCUACAAUUACAAUGAUGGCUGCAACUGCACUUAUCGCUUUCUUCACAAACCUUGAUAUCCUCUCAAAUCUCUUGUCCAUCUGCACUCUCCUCAUCUUCAUGAUGGUGGCCGUAGCCCUUCUUGUUCGUCGCUACUAUGUGACGGGAGUCACAUCCCCAUCUGACCGUAACAAGCUUGUGUUGUUCCUAACCUUGAUCAUUGGCUCCUCCGUGGGGACUGCCAUCUAUUGGGGACUAAGCCAGCGAGGAUGGGUUGGUUACUGCAUAUUUUGCCCGAUUUGGUUUUUGGGUACACUAGGACUGAGAGUGGUGGUCCCGCAAGCAGCCAGGGAAACCACCAAGAUAUGGAGGGUACCUCUUGUUCCAUGGCUUCCAUCUACAUCGAUCGCAAUCAAUAUCUUUCUACUUGGCUCUAUUGAUAAAGAGUCUUUCAUCAGGUUUUCUAUUUGGACAGUGGUGCUUCUCCUCUAUUACUUCUUUUUUGGACUCCAUGCAUCUUACGACACUGCAAAAGAUCAAAAUCAGAUCUUGAAAACACCGGAUUCUAAUAUUUCUAAGGAAUCUACUCCUGUUCCUAGUAAUCAGGGCGCGGCAGAGAUGAAUAUUAGUAUCACCAAUGUCUAG